AUGUGGUUACAGACGGAUCUCUGCCAAAAGGGAUGUUUUGUCAAACUGAAGUCAUUCCAAGCCAACUCUGUCAAGGGUAAAAAGAUCUUGAUCAUUCUGGAUCUGGAGGUUAUGAAGGAACUGGGCGAGGCGGAGAAGAUUGGCGAGCCGAAGCCUUUGGAAAUCAAAGCCGACGACGACGAAAAGCCCCAACCCACAGCAAUUUCGAGCAACGGAUUCUAUGGCUCAAAGCCUCCGGCCGCACCGGCACAGCAACAAAACCGCGCACAACCGACGAGAGGACCCUCAGCUGGUACCCAUGCAUCCAUUCACCCGAUCGAGGCCAUCUCUCCCUACAAUAACAAAUGGACGAUCAAGGCCCGCUGUACGAACAAGUCACCCAUCAAAACCUGGCACAACAAGAAUGGCGAAGGAAAGCUAUUCAGUGUGAAUUUGCUGGAUGAUAGCGGCGAGAUCCGCGCGACUGGAUUUAAUGACCAGUGUGAUCUGCUUUACGACCUUUUCCAAGAAGGUGGUGUGUACUACAUCUCUAGCCCCUGUCGGGUGCAAAUGGCCAAGAAACAGUUCACCAACUUGAACAACGAUUACGAGCUUACAUUCGAGCGGGAUACUGUGGUCGAGAAAGCGGAGGAUCAACAUGAUGUGCCCCAGAUUCGUUUCAAUUUCACCACUGUCGGGGACUUGCAAACUGUGGAGAAAGAUACAACCACCGAUGUGAUUGGAAUCCUGAAAGAAGUUGGAGAAACAUCGCAGAUCGUUUCAAAGGGAACGGGCAAACCGUACGAUAAACGAGAGCUCGGCCUCGUCGACAAUACCGGGUUCUCGGUCCGAUUGACCAUUUGGGGUGCAACUGCUGUCAAUUUCAACGUGGCUCCCGAGUCUGUUGUUGCCUUCAAGGGAGUCAAGGUUUCCGACUUUGGCGGUCGCAGUCUCAGCUUGCUGAGCUCUGGCUCAAUGACGGUCGAUCCUGACAUCGGAGAGGCUCAUAAACUAAAGGGAUGGUAUGAUGCUCAAGGUCGGACUGAGAAUUUUACUUCGCAUGCGUCUCUCUCUGGUGCUACCGGCUCAAGCAUGAAGUCUGAUAAAUUCAAGACGGUUGCCCAAGUCACUGAAGAGCAACUGGGCAUGUCUGAUCAGGUGGAUUACUUCUCCUUGAAAGCGACUGUUGUUUUUAUCAAGCAAGAUGCUACCUGGUGCUAUCCCGCCUGUCUCUCUGAACGCUGCAACAAGAAGGUCACUGAGCUGGAUCCUGGCCAGUGGCGUUGUGAGAUGUGUGACAAAUCACACCCCAAGCCCGAGUAUCGUUACAUCAUGCCACUUAGCGUGAGCGAUCACACCGGCCAGCUUUGGCUCAGUUGCUUCGAUGACACUGGACGACUGAUCAUGGGAAUGUCGGCGGAUGAUUUGAUGCAGCUUCACGAGGAUGACCCUGUCGCAUUCGGGGAAGUGUUCCAAGAAGCCAAUUGCCGCACCUGGAAUUUCCGUUGCCGUGCAAAGAUUGACACUUAUGGUGAACAACAGCGAGUUCGGUACCAAGUAUCAUCUGCCUCGGCCAUCAACUAUUCCGAGGAAGCCUCCCGUCUCGCCGAUAUUAUCAGCGCCUACAAUAUCAACUAG